CUGAGAUCUACGAGCCAGCCAAGUACAACCUCCUCUUCGGCUUGCCUCCUCCUCCUCCCAACAAGACAGAGGAGAAGAAAGUCCUUCCGUACUGGAGUCCGCGCCUGGCGAUCUUUGUCGUCACCGACACGAACUCUUACCCCAGCAUGUCGGAGGAAUAUAUCAGCCCCUUUCUCCUCUACUCCUUGCAGCAAACGGAGGGGAUUGACAACAGGAGGAAGCAAUACGCACCUCUCCUUCAUAUCGAUGAGCUUGGAACCUUGUCAAAAGACCUUCUCAAGAUCAAUGACACUGUGACCCAGCUUCCUCUUUCGAUUAGCUUGCAACCUUUGGGCAUCACCAGGUUCGUGUGGAUGCUCAAGAUGGAACACAGUGUUCAGAUGCACAAGGAGAUAGGAACUCCCGAGAAAGAGAUGGAAGAAGUACGAAGGAUGUUCGUUGAAACUAACUCCUGGCUACUUGUCACCACCAUCGUCGUCUCCUUCCUCCAUCUCUUGUUCGACAUCCUCGCAUUCAAGAACGACAUCAACUUCUGGCGAGGGCUUCAGUCUACCAAAGGAAUCUCCGUUCGCUCCAUCGCUGUCUCCUCCAUCAUGGAACUUGUCGUGUUUCUGUACCUCCUUGACAACGACACGUCUUACCUCGUUCUCUUCACGGUUGGCGGCGGGCUGCUCGUCAACGUCUGGAAGCUCAUCAAGGCAUGGUCUCUCAUGCGAGGCCGAGGAAGCGACAAGGAGGCGGAGGACUUGCGAGCAGAGCAGGCGAUCUCACGCCAUAUCGACUACAUCGCAUCCGCCUACCUCCUCAACAUCCUCGGCCCGCCCAUCGUCGGAUACGCUGUCUACAGUCUGGUGUAUGAGGACCAGAGGGGCUGGUACAGCUGGGCGCUCCAGAGCGGGGUGAACGUUGUGUAUGCUGUAGGCUUCAUGAUGAUGACGCCGCAGCUCUUCCUCAACUACAAGUACAAGAGUGUCGAACACCUUCCUUGGAGAGCGCUCAUAUAUCGUGCUCUGAAUACUUUCAUUGACGACCUGUUCGCAUUCGUCAUCACCAUGCCAGGGCUUCACAGGAUGUCUGUCUUUCGAGACGACAUUGUCUUCUUCAUCUACCUCUAUCAGCGUUGGAUCUACCGCAAGCGAAGGCCUGCCUCGGAGACCUCCAUGCACGAGCUCUAGACUCUGGGACGGCCCUAAUUCGGAUCAUCAUAGCUGUGAAGUUCUUGAUGCAUUGCGAUAUGAGUAGCGUUCUUGACGAAAGCCUCCUUCUCUCCU